CCCAAUGUCAGAUGAUUGUCAAAGUAAAUUUAAAUAAAGAAAGUUGAAACUUUCACCAUUUUAGUAAUUGUUGAUCGAAAUUUAAUGAAUGAGUAAGUGUUCCUUUAUUGGUCGAUGGGUAAUCAGACAAUCUUAAUGUUACUAGCCUACAUAAACUUACCAAUUUUCUCCUAGCAAACCCUAACUAAUCAAUCCCUUCGUUCCUCUAAUGGAAGAUACGUCCGUUUCUCCAAUUCUAGACACAGAAAGUGAUGUUUCCAAAUGCGGUAGCGUAUCUACAUCCAAGUCAAAUUCCCCAGACAUCGCAUCCUGGAGCCCCAGCCUAGUUAAUGUCAAUCAGAAAUGGUCUCCUCAAUCUCUUCAUGAUCGAAGUAGAAAAAGCGCUUUCCAACCUUAUAGACAGUGUACCACUUCGACAGUUUUAACAAACCUUCAAAGAGGAAAUACACAAACUGAAACUCUCCUACCGCAGCCAACUGAAUUAACUUAUCACAUGAAAGCUGCCCAAGGAGAACUAACAGAAGAAGAAAUUUUAACUAAAAACAAUAUUGAUCACUUAGACCAAAACAAAUUAACUGCAUUACACUGGAGUUGUGCGUAUGGUCAGUACAACAGUGCUGAACUUCUGAUUAAACAUGGUGCUGAUGUUAAUAAGGUGGGGCCUGAUGAAGAGAGUCCGUUAAUUUUGGCAGCUAAUGGUGGGCAUCAUGAAAUUGUUAGACUCCUCAUUAAUAGUCAUGCAGAUGUAAACCAUGUUGAUCAUCUCUGUAAUACAGCCUUAAUGUAUGCAGCAAGAGGAAAUCAUACACAUGCCUGCCAAGAACUUCUUUCUAAUGGAGCAAAUUUUUCAGCUGUGAAUCUUAAUAAUGAUACUGCUCAUAUCAUAGCUGUUGAGAAUAACAGUACAGCAGCACAGACUGUUAUUGAAAAUUUCAUAAUUUCUAAAAUGGAAGGGGAGUGAUAAGUGGCAUAUAGCAGCAGAGGUAAUAAAAAUAUUUUUUACAUUAAAAACAGGCAUUUUAUUUAGCUC